GUUAUUUGUUUAUGGACCAUUUAUUUGACCUUAAAACAUGACAUCUACUAGUUAUGCAGACUGCCGAGCAUCAAGCAAAAGUAGUCGAACGAUGAUCACCGGAUUACAGGCGUCUAAAUUAAUCACUGAUUCAACAUUCGCACUCACAGGAAGGAAGGCAACGAACAGCAUUUCAGAGCUUUUAUAUAGACUUUAAAAUACAUGUAAAAAAAAUCCGUUUUAGAAACUGACCCAUUCCAUCAACUAAUUAAGCAAUUUUCGAGAUAACCAUAGGUACAUGUUGCAAACCUGUGGUAGCAGGCAGCUGUCCUGACUCCUUGACGAGUGUGGAAUGAUGGAGAGUGUUAGCUAGCUAGCUAUUUCUGCAGUUUUUCUUAGCUAGCGAACGAAAAAACCCCACAUUACAUCAUAAGCAAGUUGCAACAGUCUAACUAACAGUGGAUGGUACCAGAUAAGCCAAUUGAACCAAACAAGGCUGGCUGUGGUGUUGCCGUGAGGAGACCGCUUUCCGCUGCGCCAGCUGCAUGAGACAUGCAGGCCUCUGAGCAUCUCUAACAGGCAGCACUCUGUGGAACAAUGGACUCUUCAUGUUCUGAGUCCCAGUCCCAGGGCGACAGUGAGAAAGCCCUGCUCCAUGCAGAGAUCAGAGAGCACCCCACCACAUCAGCUGCCUUAAUUCCCAGUGAUGACUCCAUCAUAUUGACCCCAGGGAGGAUGAGCCAGCGAAGCCAGGGGAAGGAACGAGAAAAGAGGGAGGAGAAGGAGCGAGAGAAGGAGCGAGAAAAGGAGAAGGAGAGGGAGAAGGAGAGGGAGAAGGAGAAGGAGAGGGAGAGGGAGAAGGAGAAGGAGAGGGAGAAGGAUGGGAGCCUCCACACGCCCAGCAGAGAUCACCUCGCCAGCCCCUCUUCCCUCAGCCCUGGGCUCAGCUACACCCAUGGUUUCGACCGAGGGAAAGAAGAUUCCCUGCCUCCGAAAGAGGACUCCUCUCACUCCAUAUCCAAGAGCAAGUCCGAGUCCAAGCUCUACAAUGGCUCCGACAAGGAUGUCUCGGCAUCCGGGAACAAGCUCACUAAGAAGGAGUCGCUCAAGGUACAGAAGAAGAACUACCGUGAGGAGAAGAAGAGAGCCACCAAGGAGCUCCUCAGCACCAUCACAGACCCCUCUGUUAUUGUCAUGGCUGACUGGCUCAAGAUCCGGGGUACUCUGAAGAGCUGGACCAAGCUGUGGUGUGUGCUGAAGCCGGGGGUUCUGCUCAUCUACAAGACCCAUAAGAACGGCCAGUGGGUGGGCACGGUGCUGCUCAACGCCUGCGAGCUCAUCGAGAGACCCUCAAAGAAGGACGGCUUCUGUUUCAAACUAUUCCACCCGCUGGAGCAGUCCAUCUGGGCAGUCAAGGGUCCUAAAGGGGAGGCGGUGGGUUCCAUCACACAGCCAUUACCCGGCAGCCACCUCAUCUUCCGCGCCACCUCUGAGUCAGACGGCCGUUGUUGGAUGGAUGCUCUGGAGCUGGCUCUGAAGUGCUCCGGCCUCCUGAAGCGCACCAUGAUCCGCGAGGGCAAGGAGGAGCUGGCCACCACGGCCGGGGAGAGCUCCCAAAUUAACUUCUACAGCCUGCUGCGAGCCCACAACAUGCAGGGCUUCCAGUUCAAUGACAGUGACCAGUUCAAGGACCCCGACCUGUACUCAGACAAGUCGGACCGGGAGGGGGAGCAGGACCAUGAGGAGUCAGACGUGGAGGGGCUGGAGAAGAGCGAGGAAAGCGACAGUGACACGUCGGAACGCCAGGACGACUCCUACAUUGACCUUGACCCCAACGAGGCCCUGCGGGAGACCCCGUACCUGGAACAGUCCCACGAGGAGCUGGGAGAGGCUGGUGAGGCGUCCCAGACAGAGACGGUGUCGGAGGAGAAUAAGUCUCUGAUCUGGACGCUGCUGAAGCAGGUCAGGCCUGGAAUGGACCUGUCUAAAGUGGUCCUCCCCACCUUCAUCCUGGAGCCACGCUCCUUCCUGGACAAGCUGUCCGACUACUACUACCAUGCUGACUUCCUCUCUGAGGCAGCUGUGGAGGAGAAUGCCUACAACAGGAUGAAGAAAGUGGUGAAGUGGUAUAUCUCUGGAUUCUACAAAAAGCCACAGGGACUGAAGAAGCCGUAUAACCCCAUCAUUGGUGAGACCUACCGCUGCAUGUGGCUCCAUAGCAAGACCAACAGCAAGACCUUCUACAUUUCUGAACAGGUGUCCCAUCAUCCUCCAGUGUCGGCGUUCUACGUCAGUAACAGGAAGGACGGCUUCUGUCUCAGCGGAAGCAUCCUGGCCAAGUCCAAGUUCUACGGAAACUCCCUGUCGGCCAUAUUGGACGGAGAGGCUCGGCUCACCUUCCUCAACAGAGGAGAAGACUACGUCAUGAACAUGCCCUACGCCCACUGCAAAGGCAUUCUGUAUGGCACCAUGACUCUGGAGCUGGCUGGCCAGAUCACCAUCGCCUGUGAGAAGACGGGCUACAGUGCCCAGCUCGAGUUCAAACUCAAGCCGUUCUUGGGUAACAAUGACAGCGUCAACCAGAUCUCUGGAAAGAUCAAGCUGGGGAAGGAGGUGCUGGCUACACUGGAGGGACACUGGGACAGUGAAGUCUUCAUCAACGAUAAGAAGACCGGGGUGGUGGAUACGUUUUGGAACCCCACCCCAGAGCUACGUCAGAGCAGGCUAACACGCUGCACCGUGCCUCCUGAGGACCAGGGAGACUAUGAGUCUGAGAGGUUAUGGCAGCAUGUAACGAGGGCCAUCAACAACAAGGACCAGACAGAGGCCACCAAUGAGAAGUUUAUCCUGGAAGAGGCUCAGAGGAAGUCGGCCCGCGAGCGCAAGGCCAAGUGUGAGGACUGGGCGCCCGGGCUCUUUGAACAGGACCCCGUCACCGGAGAGUGGCAUUACAGAUAUGCCGACACCCGGCCGUGGGAUCCGCUGAAUGAUAUGAUUCAGUUUGAGAAAGACGGCUGGAUCCAGACUAAAGUGCGGCAUCGCACCCCUAUGGUACGUUCUGCCAGUGUAAUUAGUCUCAGUAACCAGGGCCCAAGGAGGGAUGGCAAUUGCAAGUGCCAGGUGACAGGGCCCAAAAGAAAGCAGAAGCACAGUGACAAGCCCAAGAAACCUGAGAGUGGCUGCUCCUCCCCAGAACCUGACCGCCAGGACUCCUCCGGGAGCGAGCGACACAAAAGCAAGCACAGUAGCCGGUUAAGGAAAAAGGGCCCAGACCUUAGUGAACUUCAAAGUGCCAUUGAUUCUAUAAAGAAGACACAGGAGAACAUUUACAAGAGCAUUGGCGUGCUGCGCAACCGAGCGGCGGGCCAGACGGCGGCAGAGGGCGGCUUCCUGCAGCAGCGCGACUACGCCAUCAUCAUCCUCCUCAUCCUUCUUCAGGUCUUCAUCAACUUCCUGUUCAAGUAGCAGGUGACAGACUGACAGAGAGAGAGAGAGAGAUGGAGAGAGAGAGACACAGGACUGAUGGGGUUUGGCCAGGCUAAGGAGGAGAAAACAGACUGGAAGUGAAUGAACUACAAGAGCCUCCAAUAGCUCUGCCCCAACCCUCUCUCUCUUUCUCUGUCUCCAUACUGAGUUGACCCUGCUCCACUGUCCUCAGACGGGCCACCAUUGUCACACACACAAAUGUCUCAAAAGCAAGCAUUCCUGAAAAAGAGGCUCCACAAAAAAAGGACUUGUUUUUAAUUUCAAUUUAUUUUUACCUGAUUUAAAGAUCCAC